AUGUCGACUGGUCAAGAAGAACAUCUAGAUUCUAAGCUAGAAAAUCAAAUCUCAGAGGAAGAAAAUCAAAGUCAAAAUCAAAAUUUUCCAACUGCAAUUGAAGAUUCUAUACAAGCCAGUAUUGAAAAAUUGGAUGAAGUAGAUGACGAAAUCAAUCCUAUUGAAGUAAAAGAUGAGUUUCCUACUACUAUUGGUACUACUUAUGAUAUCUUACAUCCACGAGAACCAUUUCCCAAGAGAAUAAAAUUAGAGGAAACCGAAACUGAGCCAGAUUCUAAUGGUAUUGCCGACAAUGAUCAAACUAUGGUUGUAGUUCCACCCAAAAAACCACAAUUAUUUUAUACCCCAUUGAAAACAGGAUUAGUUUAUGAUGUGAGAAUGAGAUAUCAUGCUAAAGUAUUCACAUCCUAUAGUGAAUACAUUGACCCACAUCCAGAAGAUCCUCGUCGAAUAUACAGAAUUUAUAAAAAAUUGGUUGAAGCUGGUAUAGUUCUCGAUCCUUCUUUAGCAGGAAUUAAUGAAAUUGGACCGUUUAUGUUAAAAAUUCCUAUUCGAGAAGCAACAUCCGAAGAAAUUUUACAAGUUCAUUCUGAAGAUCAUUUAAAAUUUAUUCAAUCUACUGAAGAUAUGUCAAGAGAUCAAUUGCUCAAGGAAACAGAGACCGGAGAUUCUAUUUACGUUAACAAUGACUCCUAUUUGUCAGCGAAAUUAUCCUGUGGUGGUACUAUUGAAGCAUGUAAAGCAGUUAUUGAGGGGAGAGUGAAAAAUUCUUUAGCAAUAGUGAGACCACCAGGUCAUCAUGCUGAGCCCAAUACACCAGCAGGAUUUUGUUUAUUUAGUAAUGUCGCAGUGGCAGCAAAAAAUAUGUUGAAAAAUUAUCCUGAAUCAGUUCGAAGAAUUGUUAUUGUGGAUUGGGAUAUCCAUCAUGGAAACGGAACCCAAAAAGCAUUUUAUAAUGAUCCAAGAGUUUUAUAUAUUUCUUUGCAUAGAUUUGAGAAUGGAAAAUUUUAUCCAGGGACAAAAUAUGGUGAUUUAAAUCAAGUUGGGGAGGGCCCAGGGGAAGGGUUCACCAUAAAUAUUCCUUGGAGAUCUUCUGGUAUGCACGACGGUGAUUAUGUUUAUGCAUUCAAUAAGAUAAUACAACCAGUAAUUUCCGAAUUUGACCCAGAUUUAAUUAUUGUUAGUUCUGGAUUUGAUGCUGCUGAUGGAGAUGUGAUUGGUGCCUGUCAUGUAACACCAGCCGGAUAUGGAUAUAUGACCCAUACGUUAAAGGGGAUCGCCAGAGGAAAAUUGGCUGUUAUUUUAGAGGGUGGCUAUAAUUUAGACUCUAUUAGCAAGAGUGCGUUGGCAGUAGCCAAAGUAUUGGUCGGCGAACCACCGGAAAAUACAAUCACUUUACGCCCGCAAGCGGAGGCUAUCGAAGUUGUUGACGAAGUGAUCAAGAUACAAUCCAAAUACUUUAAAUCUUUGAGAAACGGAAUUCCAAAUGGUAUAUUUGAAGAUGUUUAUGAUUUAGCGGAUGUAGAAAAAUCAAACUACAAAUUGGUAAAUAUUGCUGAUCCAAUCAGAAGUCAUCAAGUGGAAAAGUUAUUCAACGAAAAAGAAUUUAUCAAUAUUCCAAUCAUCAGUUCUCCAUCUAAUGGUGAAAAACCCCCAUUCACAACGGAUUUACCGGACCAACUAGAAGAUUUGAUUGUUGCAAGUCCCGAUAUUUAUAAUUGUACCACGAUAAUACUAACAAUACACGACCCACCAGAAAUAUGGGCCAAUAUAAAUCCAACAAAUGGAGUCAUUGAAACCAAUUCUACCAUGGUUUUGGAACAUCCUUUAGUACAAAUAAUGGACAAAAUACAAAAGGAAAAGGAUCCAGAGAAUCAAGAAAAAUUUGGGUAUUUAGAUAUCAAUAUCCCAUCAUUCCAACUUCCGAUCCCAGGGACAACAUCUGAAUCGUCUACUUAUAAUCCAAUUAUUUUUGCUCAAGAAGUUUUGCUUUAUAUUUGGGAUAACUACAUAGCGUAUUUCCAACAAUUGAAGAACCUUGUUAUGGUUGGUUUUGGCGACAGUUAUCAAUCAAUUGUGAAUUUGUAUGGCAAGAGACCAUCAAACGAAAUAAAAGAUUUGAUCAAGGGGACAGUGGCGUUUCUAAACCGAACGACAUUGAAACCAUUGAUCCCAGUGAUGGAUGAAUCAAUGGUGGAUUGGUAUUAUCAAAAUUCAAUUAUUUUCACAAGUAACUUUAACACAUGCUGGACUGGCGGCAGUGGUGCUGGUAAUGGCAAUGGAAAUGGAAAUGGUAAUAAUGGAAAUAGUUCGAACGGUGGAGGUAACAAGUCAGCAGACUCAAAUGGACAUGAUGAUUUUAGCAAACGUCCAAGAAAAAAAUUUGGCAGAGUAAUCAAAGCAAAAACAGAUGGAUUAUGUGAUGUCAUACAAGAAAAAUUCGAUGAAGGAGUAGAUUUCAUAUUAGAUUCAAUUGAAGACUACUCCUCUUCCGAAGAUUGA